AUGCGCGGCUCGGAGAUCUACUUCUUUUCAUGGCUCACCCUGUCGCAGGCCGUGGCAAUCGUGUUCCUCCAGUUCAACACGUUUUCUUCUGUGGCGGAAAUGCGCAAGAUGUUAGAUGGCAACAGGAUGCUCAAAAUCAACGCUUGCUUCUUGAUUAUCCUGGCACUUGUCGCUUGCUACUAUACGUGGUUUUUCUGGAAGGGGUUAGACAUCCUCCCCGGAUCGGAAUGUGGUCGUGACUACGCUUUCUUUUUCUCGAAAGCUAGCAUUUAUGGCUGGCUGCGCACUUUACAAAAGGUAGUCUGGGGUAUCCUAAUGGCUACCUCAGGGAUUUGCCUACUCUUCUUACCAUGCAUCUACCUGAUGGGACGACAGGCCUCCAGCAUGUUUGAGGACAUGUCUGACAUGGAGGACCAUGAGGUCGGCCAUGUUUUCGGGGAUAUGAUUCAUCAGAUGCGUUUCCAGGUCUCUGUCCCCUUUCUUAUCACGGCUAUCUUCGCCACAAGCUUUGUUACACUCUCUGCGGAGCUCCCCAUUCACUGGAACGGUAUCACUGGGGUCCAGAGCAUGAAGCCUGUCGGCCAGUUGGUGCCGUUCGUGGUUGCGAUCGGACUGUCGGUCAAUGUCUUCUACCAAGUUGUAAAACGGUACCUCUUCGGCGAUGAUGGCGGCGGCAGUGACUGUGAUAACGACUCAGAUGAUGGCGAUGGUGUGCAAUGCCCCCAGCUCUCUCAGUUAGAUGAUCAAUACGGGAUACCACUCUAG